GUCACGCGAGGGGGGGGACGAGGCGCGGAUGACGUCACGCCCGGCGAACGCGCCGCGCAGUGGCGAGGAGCGAGGAAAGGAGCAGGCGCCAUGAGCGCCUCGCGGAGCCAGGAUGUGUCCUUACAGGAGCCUGAGAAGGCACCGCAAGAAUCCAGAACAGAAUCGACGGUUUCACCUGAUCACCGACCGGAGGGCAAGCCCGCGGAGAAGUUAAGCAACGCAUCCCAGCCUUUGGACGACGAUGCUUCCGCAAAAGAGUCACGCCUUCAGCAGCGUUCCAAAAAAGAAUCCCAAGUGGCUGAAUGUCCAGAAGGCGAGUCCCAGCCUUCGCUCGGUUCUCGCAAGCCAAGCGAAGAGUCGGUGGACGCGCGGCGCGGCAGUGCAGAUGCUGACUGCGAGCGGAAAGUUGCGGAGGUUGAGGGUGACGCGGGAGGAGAGGGCUCCCGGGCGCUGCAGGCCGGAGCGGAGGGCGAGCGCAGCAGCAGCAGCAGCAACGCGGUGAUGAUGACCGCGCGGGACGCGGCGCGCAUCAGCAACGCCUCCAUGCUGCUUCUCGACGCCGCGGAGCGCAGCAGCCACCGCCUGUGGAUUGGAAACAUCGACCUGCGGGUCACGGAAUUUCACCUGUUAAAGAUCCUGCAAAAGUUUGGCCACAUCAAGGAGUUUGACUUUUUAUUCCACAAAUCGGGUCCUUUGGAAGGCCAGCCUCGAGGAUACUGCUUUGUGAACUACGAGACGAGACCGGAAGCGGAACGUGCCAUACAGCACCUGAACGGGAAGCUGGCUCUCUCACGCCCGCUUGUCGUCCGCUGGGCACAUGCGAAGUUUGCGCAAGGAUAUGAGUAUCCAAAGAAGGAGGUGGUCAUGCCGACAAGCUUGGAGCCGUCGACCAGUGAGCCACCAGCCCCCGUACAGACGAGCCUCAGCAUCAAUGCCAAGAUCCAGGCGAUCGAGGCGAAGCUGAAGAUGAUGGAGGAGAACCCCGACAUGGAGUAUUGCCCCUCUCCGGAGUCCAACCCCCUCUUCUACAUCAACCGAGUUGCGGGCAACGCCGCGGACGGGGGCAGGCCCGAGCGGCGGCCGUGGACUGACCGGCGAGGCCGGGGGGCCCCCUACCGCUCACAUUACUCCCGCGGGGGGCGCAGAUAACACGGUCACGUACACACACACACGUAUAUUAGCACGGACAUGUACACGUACACACACACACACACGUCUAUUAGCACGGACAUGUACACGUACACACACACACACGUCUAUUAGCACGGUCAUGUACACACACACACACACGUCUAUUAGCACGGACAUGUACACGUACACACACACACACGUCUAUUAGCACGGACAUGUACACGUACACACACACACACGUCUAUUAGCACGGACAUGUACACACACACACACACGUCUAUUAGCACGGACAUGUACACGUACACACACACACGUCUAUUAGCACGGACAUGUACACACAUGUGUAUUAGCAAGAUCAUAACAAAGACAAAGAUCCCCCAUAUAUCCUUAAACAGACUGUUAGGGCAAGUGCUUUGAAGGCCGACACGGCACACGACUGGGUAGGUGGCCAACACCACGCCCGACCGCCUUUGUCUCCCCAGUGGUGAUAUUUUACACACGGCACCAGGUACUCAUUUGAGGCUGAGUCGACCUAGGGGAGGCCCAGCACUGGUUCAGAGCGUGAAGCAAACUGGGGUCGUCGGGUUUGUAGCGCAGCUCGCUACUGCUCCCCUACCCCCACUCCCUUACCCCCACUCCCUUACCCCGCUUCUUUACAUGAACACGUACACACACACACACGUCUAUUAGCACGAUCAUGUACACACGUCUGUCAGUACAGUCAUGUACACACACACGUCCGUUUUGCACGUGUCACACGUAUAUGCACAUUAUACGAGCAUGCACUGUGCAUUCACGAGCACACCUACACGGUUGUUUGCAUACACCCUCGCACAUUUGCACACGCAUGUGGUUGUGUGUACAGGUGUGUGCGGGUUGUGUGUGCGCAUCCAUACGAGUGUUGAUCAAAACGUUCGUAGCCUGACAGAGAAGGUGCUGACCAACCUCGAUCUAAUUUGUCUACAUGACUGCCUGAAAGUGCAGUGCACUAAAUCGACACCUUGCCAGGCCUUGAGCUAUUUUAAGUCUAAAUCCGAACACAGACGGCUUACCUUAUUUUCUCCGCAAAUGAUACGGUGAUUGUGGAUGGAUAUAGAAGUCACUGGGAACCAGGUCUAGCGAGUGAGUUUUCUACAAAUGUCUUGCGUCUUUUUAUAUUUUUGCAUUUAUGGUUAACACAAAAAUUUGUUCAGUCUUUGUAAAAUAACAGGGUCCAUUUGUUGCGCUUUCAACCACACACACUGUCAGCCCACUGGACCUUUUGAUCGGCCCUUGUACCUGCAGUCAGUGCACGUGUCGGAUAUUACCCAGCGCGUAAAUCCCCAAUACACAUGGCAGCACUACUAACAGCGAAUUUAUUAUCUCAAGCCAAACGCCACUGCCGAUGUGUCAGCCGCAAUCAACGGUGCGGCGCUUCGUAAAGUCGUGUCCACGGCGGGCGAGCGAGCGAGCGUCCUUCCCGAGUGCAGGGGUGAUUCACACUGUGCUCUGGAGCCAGCAGCUGGAUUUACAAUCUUAGACGUCGGCUUAUAGUCUCGCUUAUGCUUCGGUAACAAAAAGUCGCAGCGUUUACUUUUGUUGCUAAGUAGCAUGGGGAAACCGGCGACGCAUGGCGAGAGAGAGGCGGCCAGCCCUGGUGAGAGGGACAUGUCCACAGCGCCAUCUCCUCCCCGGGUCGCCCCACACCCUCGGAACAGCCAGGACAGCCGUCGCCGGCUCGCAAGAGCCGCCGACUCCGAACCACGUGACUACCCCCUGUGUGAAGAUCUGGCCGAUCUCAGGUGGUCGCGGUGCUGAGAUUUCCCCAUCCGGCUGCCCUCUCUUCUUGAUGGAUUUUAAAAAAUAUAAUAAUAAAUGCGGCAAUAAAGCAACGUCUACUUUUACGUGUCAUACGCUGGCACAACAUUGGUUCGGACAUGUAGCAAGAACGAGCUCGAGUAGGAGCCCAUGCACUUGGGGAUGUCCGAGAGCCACUCGGGAGGGAAAUGGUGGAGCGAGUGAGAUCGAAGAGCAAGCCAGGCGAUUCAGAGAAGCGGCGAUGCUGGCUCUUGCUAAAUACGCAACGAACAUUAAUUCAUCCCGAUGGGCGCUGACCUGAUGGAAAGGACGCGACGCUGGGCACGAGAUAGGAUUUGCUGUUCGCUGGCAUCUGCGUUACAUUGCGAUGUUGAGGAGCCAUAGCCCAACACGUUUCUAUCAGCCUACUAAACACCCUUGUGUAAAUUGACGAGUUUAUCACAAAUUGCUGCCUUUCCAGUUAACUUCCCGUCCCACGACCUGCCACGCCUGUCCUUUGUCUGUUGCUCCACAAAUGUCAGUUCUUUAAUUUAAUGUUUUGCUUCUUUUUUUGUCUAACUAUAGGUCAUAAGUCACAUAUUGAUUUCACAAAAGCCUUGGUGUAGAUUGUUUUUAAUGGAAUUUCUCUUUAAAUUUGAAUUUAGCAGUUCCAUAGUUUGACUAUUUAAAAAAAAAGAUAGAUUGUAUUCGAGAUGAAUAGACCAAUUGUGCAUAACAGUUUGCAUAUUUUACUGCUCAAGGUUAGAAUGAAAUAUUUAGGUCCAAAUGCCGAACGGUCUCCAUGCUCAACUCGCUGUGAGCCAGUGAUCGUCUCUCAGAUUGCGACCCUCGGCGAUGGACAUGUUGCAUCGAUUUGAUGGGAGCCAUUCUCCUAAUAGAACUGAUCAAGGCUGCCUGCUACCCACUCGGGGACAUCCGCAUUAUUGACCCGGGAGAACUGUUUGGCUGAGUUGAACCUGGCUGGGAUUUUUAAUUUAAAUGUUUUAGGUUUUAUAUAUCGCCGAUUGAGAAAGGAUGCAUUGCUUUUUCUUUCUAUAGCUUUAGCUUUGUACAAGUACAUUGGUAGUGAAGAAGUCGUUUAAAGGGAUAGAUGAAUGUGAAAUUGUGAAUAUUUUAGAAGCAAUGAAACGUGUAUAUAAUUCAGAUGAUGAUUUUGUAAUGGAAAACUUGAAUAGUUGUCAGUAAACAAGGCUUAGAAUAAG